CAUAUGCGCAAUAUUGUACAUUUUUUGGUGGAAGACUGGUGCCUUUCUGCAAUGCUUGGAAUCAUAACUGCUAUACUUUCUGUUACUGUCGAUGUUAUCAUCGAAAGGAAUAAUUAUGAGGAAACAUUUUCAGUUCAUGUGGCACUUUAUUCAGUUAUCCUCAAUUAUAACGUCUAUUUAGCAAUGUUUCAGUGGGUAUUUCAUGUAGUUUUUCUCACUUUUUUAUCAUCUUUAUCAUGUUUGAUAAUAUCGAGGCAAGCAGUUGGUUCAGGCAUUCCAGAGGUGAAAGUUAUUAUGCAUGGUUUCAAAAUGAAAAGUUAUCUUACAUUCCGGACUUUAAUAGCCAAAAUGGUUGGAAUAACGCUUGCCAUAGGCAGUGGCUUGCCAAUAGGCAAAGAGGCAAAUUUUUUUAUCGAACUUUACGGUCCAUUCGUUCAUAUGGGUGCUAUAGUCUCAACAAUUUUAAGAAAGAUAACAAAAGCAUGUCAUUAUUCCGCAUUCUUCACCAAUGAAGGUCAUGAAAUGGAAAUGCUAUCAUCAGGAUGUGCUGUUGGUAUCGCAUGUACCUUCUCUGCUCCAGUUGGUGCAGUAUUGUAUGCUAUCGAGUCAACAUCAAAAUAUUUCGCUGUGAAAAAUUAUUGGCGAGCUUUUUUCGCUGCAACUUGUAGUGCUAUAAUCUUCAGAUUUGCGAAUCGUUUUGUUACAAGUGACCAAUCUGGCGCCAUUACAGCAUUUUAUCAGACAAAAUUUCCUACAGAAUCUUUUGUUGUCGAAGAAUUAAUAAUUUUCGCGAUCCUUGGUUUCUUCGCAUUCACAGUUUUCAUGAGUCUAGUCGUUGGCAUAAUUACAUAUCCGCAAGGUUUUGGUCGAUAUAUUGCAGGCAAAUUAACGUUUCGUGAGACAAUGGCCGAUUUCUUCAGUAAUUGUACGCUGCAUAUAACAGGAAAUAGUUGGCAGGCUUGUGAUGAAAAAAUGUUGGAACAUUGGUUGGGUGGAUCAGAACGAGAUAUCAGCAUAUUCUUUAUCUUAGUGGCCAUAUGUAUAUCAAUUAAUGUACCAGCUGGAGUAUUUGUACCCUCAUUUAUAAUUGGUGCAGCAGGUGGCCGACUUGUUGGCGAAUUCAUGUCAUACAUGUUCCCUGAGGGUCUUCGCGGUCCUGAUGGUCCUCUUAUAUACCCCGGAUUGUAUGCUGUUGUUGGAGCUGCAUCGUAUACUGGUGCUGUUACGCACACACUAUCCGUCGCAAUAGCGAUUUUGGUUGGAAAUGCAGUUUGCAAAUUUCUUCAACCUUCCAUCUAUGAAAGCAUUAUUAAAAUAAAAAAAUAUCCAUAUUUGCCUGAUUUACCGCCAUCAAGGAUGAGUGUACACACUGUUAAAGUGGAACAAAUUAUGGUGCAAGAAGUGAUUUUCAUCACAAAGAAAACAACUUACAAAGAACUACGAGAAAUUCUUCGUCUAGCACCCAAUCUUAAAAGUUUUCCCGUUGUUACCGAUCGAGGUAUAUUUCAUUAA